CAUUGCUUGCAUAUUUAAUUUAUGUCUAAAAUGUAAAACCUCUGAUGUCAAACAGGAACUGGGUUUUCCUUGUUGUCUGUGUGGCAGUUGAACUUCCAUUUUCUACUUGGAAGUCAGCACAGCUUCAGUGAUUUUGCAUUCUGUUUCCUAGUUUUUUUAAUUUGUGAUAAUGGCAGUAAUUCACACACUCUUAAUACUUCUUCUGCUUGCCUUCAAAACAGGGUUCAGUGCUGAGAUCCCUGUGUUUGUGCAGACUGGAGAUUCUGUUCAUCUGGAUAUACAGACACAAGAACUACCAGAGUUUGAUGAUUUAUUCUGGACAAAUGAUAAAUCUGAGAAUAUAGUUAGAUGUAUACAUGAAUCUAAAACAGUAAGACCUCACUCUUCCUACAAGGACAGAUUGGAUUUCAAUGAUGAAACCUUCUCUCUCACACUGAAGAACAUGCAGAAGACAGACAGUGGACUCUAUACAGCAAAAGCAAUUGGAGAAUCAGAAAAAAUUAUUCUUACAUUCAGAGUAUCUGUUAUAGACGCUGUGGAGGCUCCUGUCCUGACUGUAAACUCAAACUGGUCCAGCAGUGACUCCUGUACUGUGAACUUCACAUGCAGAGCUCAUGACCUCAUGAUUCACUCCAGCUAUCAGAACAACAGCUGCUCUCCAGAGGAAGUGACAUCACAUAAGAACUACACUCUCAUCCUGUACUGCAGUGAGGAAUCCAUCAUCUGUAACCAUAGCAACCCAGUUAGCAGCAAAAAAGACAGAAUAGAGAUUAAACAGAUCUGUGUUGAUAAUGAAGACCAGACUAAGCCACCUUUCCAGAUUUGGCCUUAUAUUUUGAUGGGAGUGUGUCUUUUUUUGGCAAUUGCAAUAAUUCUCUACUGCAAGAAUAAAAAAGGUGCUCAAGAGGCUGAUAAUACAGUCUAUGCUCAAGUUGAGGUUCAAGAACACACACAAGAGGAAAAGGGAGAUAACCUAUCCAAGACAAUCUACUGCACAGUAGGACAACACAAAAAACCCGCAGUCCCCAUCGAAACAGGCCAUACAAUUUAUUCAGCGGUGUGCAAAGAACCAAAACCACCAGCCAUUUCAUCUGAUGAAGCAUAAAAUGAAUGUCUGGCUGUUUGUCGCAUUGGGGAAGUUUCACAAGAGCUGAUCUCAAAAUGGCAUAGGCUACUAAUCGUGCCAUAUCUUUAUAUGGUAUAAGAACAGUAUGCUAUUCUGAAAUUCAGCCAAGGCUGUUGUCCAAUUAAGAUAUACAUUGGUUUAGUAGUAUUGAUUUCAAAUAUUCAAAUCCAAACUGUCUUAAUUUUAUUCUGAAUUUGUACAUUUUGUUGUACAUAUAAUAUAAAUAUAACCUUAACUGAAGUAAUCCAUGUGGCAACUAACCCCAGUUUGCCCCACAUGAAAAUCAGUAGUAUAAAACUGCAGAUAUAAUAUUGAUCGCACUUCCCAUGUUAUAUUUAAUGAUUAUGCAUUUCAAUUUAAACUGGUAUAAAGCCAGACAAGCUAUAUGCAAAUCCAGUAAAAUUAGUCACUCCAAUCAUCUGAAUCAGUAUGGAUGAUAAGCAAUCCAAUAGACAUUAAGGGUGGGAAUCUUUAGGCACCUCGCAAUCCGAUCCGAUUCUGAUUCUGAUUCUGAGAGUCAUGAUCUGAUUCCCAAACAAUUCUUGAUCUACUUUUAUUAUUAUUAUUAUUAUUAAUUAGUUUUUUAAUCUUUAAUUUUAUUUUAUUACAUAAUCAAGUACUUUUUAAAUAAUUACAAGUCAAAAUUAAAUUAAUAAAAUUGUAUGUUAAGAUUUUUAAAUAUAUAAACAGCUUCAAAACAUAAAAGUAUCCUAAAUAAUAAAGAGGAACAACAAAAUGUUACAAGCAAAAAACAAAUACUACUUUCAGUAUUUAAGAGUAUGAAUGUUUUACAUUGAAGAGCUGCGAGUUAUUUUUCUCUAUAUCAUCUUUACUGUUGUUGAAAUAUUCAGAAUCGAUCCAGAAUUGUCGGAGAGAGAAUCGCAAUGCAUUGGGUUUUUUUUCUCCCACUCCUAAUAGACAUGUCUCUGUGGUUUUUACAGUCAAGUCAAGUCAAGUCACCUUUAUUUAUAUAGGGGUACUCAAGUUCAGAGGCCAAGAGGACCGCAUUUUAACCAAAUGAAACGCGAAGGGCCACAAAUUAUAACUUGGAUCGUAAGACUUUUUUUUAGGCCUACUUAAGACAAUAUUGUAGUUUUACUGUUUAUUUACUAAAAGUGCAGUUUAUUAGCUAAGUCUUAAUAGUAUGGUGUCCUUUUUAAAGUGUCACUUAACAUGAUAAAUGGCAUUUAAAAAAAGGAUUAAUAGCUUGUCUUGCUGUAUUUUUAAUGUACAAAUGCAUAAAGAAAAACAAGAACUGAUGAAAAGAAAUCCUUAUUCAUUUGAAAUGUCUGCAUUGUUUUCACAAGAAAUUUAAGGUCUGGCUGUUGUUCACUGGCUGAUGAGAGUUUGUCCGUCUGACGAAAACAUUGCACUUUUUUAUAGUCUUUUUAUACUGCAUUGCACUUUUUUAACACUUUUUAUAGCACCCAUUUAUACUCAGAGAAUAAAUGUUUUAUUAUUUGUAUUAUUAUUACCCACAUUUUUUUUUAAUCUUUUUUAUUUUUUUUAAUGUCCAAUCACAAUCUCAUAUAACCAACAUCGUAAACAUGAUAAAUAAGAUAUUCUCAGUGAGCUCAAUGAUGUGAUGACAGAUCUGUAAUAGUUGCGCUCUCUGCUUCUGUUUAUAUAACACAUUGACAUUAAGAAUAAAAGGUUUGUUUUUCAUGCUGCUCGGCAACUUACACACUGCAAGGUUUGAGGAAUGUCAACUGCAUUUCAUCAUGGAAAAAUAAGGUUACUUUGUUUUUUACUUGCGCGCACAGUCUCGAGCCUUUGAUGGCGUUCACGAACACAAGUGCUCGACACAUGCGCACUAGAGAGAAUCAUGCUUGUCUAGUCUUUUUCGCUCAAAUAGUUACAAUAAACUGCCUUUGUACUUGUUUAAAAUUAGAGUUGCUGGUAUCUUUUAAUCCCCUCAAACGAGCGCUCUUCAACACGGUCGGCAAUUGUGUUUUUUAUUACUCUUGUUCUGUCUUCUCCGUUUCUUUUCAGACUGAAACAACAGCCCGUUUCAGUGCUGACACCUUGUGGACAAACUAAAUUAGUGCAAAAACUAUGUGCCUUCAGUUUAUAUUGUUCUUUGCGGUUAGAAAAACUGUGCUGCGCGCGUACACUAUACGGGUUCUCUGCUGAUGAUUACAGCGUCACGCGCACUGUAUGCCUACCCUAGUGUACGUGUAAAAAAACGAAGUAAUAUUCACGCUAAUUUUGAACGCAAAUUAUAAUAAAACUACAUUUAUAUAUGUAGCAUGAUGCGGGCCACAAAUGUAAUGCUGACGGGCCGCCUGUUGAGUACCCCUGAUUAAUAUAGCGCUUUUUACAAUGCAGAUUGUGUCAAAGCAGCUUUACAUUGAUAACUGGUACAUAAUUUUGGCUGCACAGCAGCUGCACUACAGCAAAGUCCAUCUUUAAUCUUUACUGAAAGUCAGACUUUCAGUGAAAUCACUCCCCUACAAUGAUCAUACAUGGAUCAUGAAUCACAUCAUAGGACAAUUUGAAAGGAAUGCGAAAAUAUUAUUUGCAACUUAAAACUAAUGCUUAU